GUUUGGAGCGCUGUAGCAUAUGCUUCGCCCUACUCACAUGUGCGUGGUGACAGGGCUUGUUCGCUGGAGUUUUGGCUCCGAUCUGGACCUUAUCAUUCAAUUGAAUGGCCCAAGACUCAGCCUUAUCCGCUGCAUUCCCAACCUCCAACCCACACCACCUGAGGCACGCCACUCUCCAAUAACAACCACAGCUCUGUGUGGUGAACGACCCGAGACAAAAUGGAUCGUGUACUCGACCGCAGCCUCGACGAGAUACUGGCCGAACGGAAGCAGAACAAUAGAAGUUCUCGCGGCGGCCGUCGUCGCGACAGAUCCGACUACCCCAGAGAUGGCGUCAGAAAGCCCUUCAGAGACGAUGCUCCGCGGGACCUCGAUUCCGAGUGGGUUCAUGACAAGUUCGAGGAUUAUGGCCGACGCUCCGCUCCAAGACGUCGUCGACAUUCGCCCGAGCCCUCCAGCGACUCUAGGGGUGCCAAGCUCAGAGUGGAUAACAUCCACUAUGAACUGACGCAGGAAGAUCUGGAGGGCCUCUUCUCCCGCAUCGGCCCGCUCAUCAAGCUCGAAAUGAAGUACGACCGCGCGGGCCGCUCCGAGGGCACCGCCUUCGUCACGUACGAGUCGCACCGCGACGCGGCCGAGGCCAUCAAGGAGUUCGACGGCGCCAACGCGGCCGGCCAGCCCAUCCGCCUCACGCUGCUGCCCACGGGCCCGCGCCGCAACCCCUUCGACACGGCCGUCCUCCCCGGCCGGCCGCUCGCCGAGCGCAUCACCCUGCCCGCGGACCGGGCGCGGUCGCUCUCGCCGCGCCGCGAGUCGGACGAGGAGGCCGCGCGGAGGGGCGUCGAUCGGUAUCGGCCGCACGACGGCGGGAACGGCCGCCGGUCGCGGAGUCCGGUCGCAGGCGGGGGUGGCAGUAGACGGCGGGAUGGCGGGGGCAGGCGGCCCGGCGCGCGGAGGGAGGGCGGUGGUGCGGGUAGACGGGGCGAGAGGGGUGGCGCUGGUGAGAAGGUGGGGAGAGAUGGGCGGCCCAAGAAGACGCAGGAGGAGCUGGACGCGGAGAUGGAGGACUACUUUGCUGGCAGCGCGGGGAUGUGGAUAUGAUUGAGUGAGCGGUGGGAAGGGGGAAAUCUGAUGCGUUCUCUUAUGGCCCCAGAGCUGGAAGACGUGGAGGCAUGCUAUCUGAAGACCAUAGCUGGCAGGAUACAAGGAGGCUUGCUGUGUGGGAAGAUUUGGUUGUUGCGCAUUAGCUCAUUACCGGCCUCCACUCUAGGAUUUCGAUCGAAGCACAGUUCCGUCCGUCUCAUCGGCGGCUAGCACGCCGCUUGCUGGUUGUCUUCAAAGCAUCUU